AUAAGUCAUAUUUUUGGUUCCUUUAAUAGUUAAAAAAAAAUUACAUUAUUGCAAUCAGUUGAUUAAACAUUGUCCUUUACAAUUAUAAAAGCUUUUUAAAAAGAAUCUACUACUCUGCUAGCAUGUCAGCAGACUGGGGAAGAUCCUGCUGAAAUCUAUGUAUUGAAUGAAUACACAAUCCUUUUGAAUCGGAAAAAUAUCGUUUUUGAACGGAGAAUCGUAUCGAAUCGAAUCAAAAAAAUCGAUAUAUUAUGGAAUCGUGACCCCAAGAAUCGAUAUUGAAUCGAAUCGUGGGACACCCAAAGAUUCACAGCCCGAGUAGAAACAGUCUCCAUGCCUAAGUUCUUGAUUUGAUAAACUGGGCCAAGUUAUUAGGACACCUGAUUCUCAUCAUUUGGAUGGGUGGCCAAAGACUUUUGGCAAUAUGGUGUAUAUACUGGGGAUUAGUCCAAAGUGUGUACAUAAGAGAUUAGUUCAAAGAAAAACAAGUCUGUCCAGAAUGCUUGUAUUGUGUCUGACUGUUUUUUUUUUUUUUUACAGAAAUUACUCUUAUUUCAUUUUAAAUUCAAGUACCUAAUUCAGACUCGACCUAUUUUGCAUUGAAAGGAUGUGUGUUCUUCUGCGCUAUGUCCAUAUAUUUCAUUGUGUGCACAUUGCUGUAUUCCACUAAUAGUUUUACAAAUGUAUUUACUAACUAUUGUAUUUUAUAUAAACAGCUUAUGAAAGCUUUACUUUAUUUUAGGGCUGGGCGAUAUAUGGAAUAUACUCGUUAUAUCGGUUUGUCUCUGUGCGAUAUGGAAAAGGACUAUAUGGUGAUUUAGGAGUAUUUUGUUGUCACGCAGUUGCUUUUAGCUGCGGGCAUUAAACUACAGGCUCUUCUCACUCUUUCUUGUCUCUGCUUCUCACAGAGACAGAAAACAAGCGCACCUUCUUACAAACGUCACAUACUGUCGCGCGUGCAACGUCAUACGCCCUCGCCGAGCAGAGAAGUAGCGGCACGGGUAACGUUAGCUGUGAUGCUAGCGGAGCGGUGCGAGUGGUAAUACGAGAGAAAGAAGGUGCGAAUCUGGUAACAAAUGGAGGAAUAACUUAAUUCCCAAAACAGCAGGGAGUACAUUGCGGGAAAUGGAUGACAAAGUUGUCAGUACAGAGAAAGCAGAAGAAGCCAAGAUAAAGGUCAUGCAUCCCAAUCUUGGAGCUAGACCGGGAGGUUCACAUUUUCUGAGAAAACGACUUCAGAAAGGGCUAAAGUAUUUUGAUUCUGGCGAUUACAACAUGGCCAAGGCCAAAAUGAAGAAUAAACACUUGCCAUCAGCCCCAACAGAGAAGGCUCAGAUCACAGGUGGUCACAUCCCGACACAUCAGGACCUGCCUCAGAGAAAGACCUCUAUUGCGACAAGCAAACUGGCUGAGAGAUGAGUAUUUUUGUAGCUUUAUUAUAGCUCGGUAUAGCUCAUUUGGUAGAGCGGCCGUGCCAGCAACUUGAUGGUUCCAGGUUCGUUUCCCGCUUUGGCCAUCCUAGUCACUGCCAUUGUGUCCUUGGGCAAGACACUUUACCCACCUGCUCCCAGUGCCACCCACACUGGUUUAAAUGGGACUUCGAUAUUGGGUGUCACUAUGUAAAGCGCUUUGAGUCACUAGAGAAAAGCGCUAUAUAGAAAUAUAAUUCACAAAAAAAUUCACAUUGUAUGGCGGUGUUUUGGGUUCAAGCGGGAAGAUGUUGAACAGACAACCGUAAUAUGUCAAGUAUGCGGCAAAAGAGUUGCUACAAAAAGUAGCAGCACUGCUAUUGUGUAGCAUCAUUUGGAAAGUCACCCGCUAGAAAAUGAGGAGUGCGUGAAAUUCUGCAUGUCAACAUCUUGGUCGGUUCCACACUCACAAAAUGCCCAAGCAACCAUUUCCACAUCAACACCGAAUGAAAAAAAUAGUCAACAACAGAAAGAAGAUAACGUCCGCAGGAACCUACCACAUAGUGAAGGACAUACACUAUUUGAUUUCAAUCAAUCAUCAAUCAAUGUUUAUUUAUAUAGCCCCAAAUCACAAAUGUCUCAAAGGACUGCACAAAUCAUUACGACUACAACAUCCUCGGAAGAACCCACAAAAGGGCAAGGAAAACUCACACCCAGUGGGCAGGGAGAAUUCACAUCCAGUGGGACGCCAGUGACAAUGCUGACUAUGAGAAACCUUGGAGAGGACCUCAGAUGUGGGCAACCCCCCACCCCUCUAGGGGACCGAAAGCAAUGGAUGUCGAGCGGGUCUAACAUGAUACUGUGAAAGUUCAAUCCAUAGUGGCUCCAACACACUCGCGAGAGUUCAGUUCAAAGCGGAUCCAAGACAGCAGCGAGAGUCCCGUCCACAGGAAACCAUCUCAAGCGGAGGCGGCUCAGCAGCGUAGAGAUGUCCCCAACCGAUACACAGGCAAGCGGUCCAUCCUGGGUCCCGACGAGCGGUCCAUCCUGGGUCUCGACUCUGGACAGUCAGUACUUCAUCCAUGGUCAUCGGACCGGACCCCCUCCACAAGGGAGGGGGGGACA